GGAGAGCGAGCGAGCGAGGCAGAGAGAGAGAUGUGUACGUAUGAACAAACCUCUGUGGAGGCAACCACAAACACUCCUGCCCUCGAGGGGAGAGAGAGGCGACAUCACUGCUACUUUCCCAUCUCUCCUCCCUUCCUUCGUCCUUUCUGCCUCUCCUUCCUCCUGGCCGCUGGGGAGAGGUGUGUAGGGGGGUGGCUGGCUGGGGAGGUGGCUGUAGUCUCUCUCUUGCUGUGCUAUGGUAAUAAUUGUCCCUUCCCCCCCCCAGCCCAGCCUUCCUCCCCAUCUGCUUUCUCCUCCUCUCGUUUGGUUCCAGGCAGGCAGCAGACAGACUGCAUCAUUUUUUUGCACCGGCUGCAGCAGCAGCGGGGAGAGCGGGAGCAGGUGGAGAGUUCAGAGACUGCAGUGAAGCUGCCCUCGAGACAUGGCGGAUCAGUGCCUCUGAGGAAGCAAAAAGAUCCCCAAGCUGCCUCCGCUCCCAGCCCCGGCUCGCUGGGCGGCUGCUGCCAGGCCAAGGAGCAGGAGAGAAGCGGCCAGAGGACAAAUGGUGCUGCAGCCUUUUCUUUGAUUUCCUCCCCUUCUUCUCCAUGUUGCAUCUCUCUUCAGUGCUUCAGUCCGUGUAGCCGCUGCUGCUAGCAGGAGUAUCCAGGGACAGUGCCACCCAGCCCUCCCUUCCCCCACCCCCUCUCCAUCUAUCUGUCCGUCCAGCCCGCCAGCCAUCCACAGGGGCUAUGGCUGCAGAAGAGGUAUUGCAGGCCGUGGAUCACUACAAGACUGAGAUCGAAAGGCUGACUAAGGAGCUCACCGAAACAACCCGCGAAAAGAUCCAGGCUGCUGAAUAUGGGCUGGUGGUGCUGGAGGAAAAACUCACCCUGAAGCAGCAAUAUGACGAGCUGGAGGCUGACUAUGAUUGCCUUAAACAGGAGCUGGAGCAGCUGAGGGAGGCAUUUGGACAAUCAUUCUCAAUCCACCGCAAAGUGGCUGAAGAUGGUGAAACACGUGAAGAGACUCUCCUGCAGGAGUCUGCAUCAAAGGAAGCUUAUUACCUAGGGAAGAUCUUGGAGAUGCAAAAUGAGCUGAAACAGAGCAGGGCAGUGGUCACCAAGGUUCAAGCAGAGAAUGAGAGGCUCACUGCUAUUGUCCACGACCUGAAAGAGAAUAACGAAAUGGCAGAGUUGCAGAGAAUACGGAUGAAAGAUGAAAUUCGAGAAUACAAGUUCCGAGAGGCAAGACUUCUUCAGGAUUACACUGAGCUUGAAGAAGAAAAUAUUACUUUGCAAAAACUGGUGUCCACACUGAAACAGAACCAAGUUGAAUAUGAAGGUUUAAAGCAUGAAAUUAAACGAUUUGAGGAGGAGACAGUAUUGCUUAAUAGCCAGCUAGAAGAUGCCAUCCGACUGAAGGAGAUUGCCGAACAUCAGCUGGAGGAAGCCCUGGAGACCUUAAAAAAUGAAAGGGAGCAAAAGAACAAUCUGAGGAAGGAACUCUCCCAAUAUAUCAACCUCAAUGAUAGUAUGUACAGUAACCACAUUAAUAUAUCAGUAGAUGGAUUAAAGUUUGCAGAGGAUGGGAGCGAACCUAAUAAUGAUGACAAAAUGAAUGGGCACAUUCAUGGGCCUCUUGUGAAACUGACUGGAGAUUACCGGACUCCAGCAGUUAGGAAAGGAGAAUCUCUGCACCCAGUCUCUGAUCUCUUCAGUGAGCUCAACAUAUCGGAAAUGCAGAAAUUAAAGCAGCAACUCGUGCAGGUGGAGAGAGAAAAAGCUAUUCUCCUGGCCAACCUUCAGGAGUCCCAGACGCAGCUAGAACACACAAAGGGAGCCCUAACUGAACAACACGAGCGAGUCCACAGGCUCACAGAGCACGUCAACGCCAUGAGGGGACUGCAGAGCAACAAGGAGCUGAAAGUAGAGGUGGACUGUGAGAAGGGCCGAGACUCCAGCGAGGAAACACAUGACUAUGAAGUAGACAUCAACGGCCUAGAGAUCCUAGAAUGUAAAUACAAAGUGGCAGUGACGGAAGUGAUUGACCUUAAAGCUGAGAUAAAGGCCUUAAAGGAGAAAUACAAUAAAUGUGUAGAAAACUACACUGAAGAAAAGGCAAAGUAUGAGACCAGGAUCCAGAGGUAUGAUGAGCAGGUGACGAACCUGGAAAAAUCAACGAAGGAAAGUUACGAGAAAAUGGUUCAAAUGGAAAAAGAGUUGCAAAGGAUGACAAGCGUAGCAAAUGAAAACCAUAAUACCCUCAACACAGCCCAGGAUGAGUUGGUGACAUUUAGUGAGGAGCUGGCUCAGCUCUAUCACCAUGUAUGUUUGUGUAAUAAUGAAACUCCCAAUAGGGUCAUGUUGGACUAUUACAGGCAAAGUAGAGUCACCCGUAGCGGGAGCCUGAAGGGACCUGAUGAUCCUAGGGGGCUCCUGUCUCCACGGCUCACCAGAAGAGGAACGGCAUCCCCAGUAGAAGCCAGGACCCCAACUGAGCAUGUUUCGAAAGAGAGCACAGAGGCUGGCAAAGAACAAAGUCCAACCAAGACACCUACGAUUUCUCCUGUCAUCACGGCCCCUCCUUCCUCUCCCGUCUCUGACACCAGUGACAUACGCAAAGAGCCAAUGAAUAUCUACAACCUAAAUGCCAUAAUACGGGACCAAAUCAAGCACUUGCAGAAGGCUGUAGAUCGGUCACUGCAGCUGUCACGCCAGCGUGCGGCAGCACGUGAGCUGGUGCCCAUGAUUGAUAAGGACAAGGAGGCCUUAAUGGAAGAGAUACUGAAACUGAAGUCCCUGCUGAGUACAAAACGGGAGCAGAUAGCAACCUUGAGGGCAGUGUUGAAAGCCAACAAACAGACAGCUGAAGUGGCACUGGCCAAUCUGAAGAAUAAAUAUGAGAAUGAAAAAUCAAUGGUGACUGAAACCAUGACCAAACUGCGAAAUGAAUUAAAGGCUUUGAAAGAAGAUGCAGCAACCUUCUCAUCCUUGAGAGCGAUGUUUGCAACCAGGUGUGAUGAGUAUGUCACACAGCUGGAUGAGAUGCAAAGGCAGUUGGCAGCUGCAGAGGAUGAGAAGAAGACCUUAAACUCUCUAUUGCGGAUGGCUAUCCAGCAAAAACUUGCCCUUACCCAGCGACUGGAGGAUUUAGAGUUUGAUCACGAGCAGUCCCGACGCAGCAAAGGCAAGCUUGGAAAGAGCAAGGACAGCCGCUCUAAAGUAAGUGAGGAAGCAUCAGCCACCGUGCCAACCAUAGACACUUUCCUCCUGCAUAGUCAGGGCCCACAGCAACCAAACUUACUGGUCAGCAGUGGCACUCAGAGGAAAAGACUAUUCUCACCUUCCCCUUGUGAUCAGAGCCAUCCCAGGACUUCAGGGACCUACCUACAGAAUAUAUUAAGAGCCCCCCUUGAUCCCACCUCCACAGAAUCAUUUCUUCUGAGGGGCCCCCCUUCCAUGAGUGAACUCAUCCAUGAGUACCGUCUCAGCAAGGAAAAAAGGUUAACCGUGGCCAUACCAGUCCUGAUGUAGCCUUUCCAGAAGAGCAGCCACAUUCCAGCUCUCAGUGUGCCCCUCUCAACUGUCUCUCCAAGCCUCCUCCUUAUCCCUAAUCUUCAGAUGCAACAUAAGAGAAAAAACAAACACACAAACUGAGUGGAGCUCACACAACAAAGGUUUAAGUUGCUCCCAAGGACCCAGUAGGCAAUCCUGCCUUGUUGCUGCGUUGACAAGUCUGGAUUCAUAUCCGUUUUGGCAACCGAGUGUUGGCUGAGAAGUAGGACACAAAGCACAGAGCCCUGCCUGUCAAAAAGACUUUUUAUGGUUCCUCUAAUUAUAUUCAAACUUUGCUGUCACACCUGAAGUUUAGUGAAAUUUAACAGCGUGAGAAAAUGUUCCUCCCAGCUGCGUGGCUUUACCUCUGAAAUAUUGAGAGACUUAAGCCAAUAUUUUAAAAAAUUAUGUUACAAAAUCCUAUUUUCACAUCCUCCACGUUCAGCCAUAGGAACUAGUUCAGAUUUUCUUUUCUGUUGUUAAGGGUGUGAUAUUUAUUUUUACUUUAUUUGCACCAUAAUUUUGUGUUUAUAAAAUGUGGUCCUUGUUUUUUGGGUUUUGUUUUGUUUUGUUUCUCUUUUUGGUGAGAGUUGUAUUUAAUUCAUUUUAUUUUUUAAAAACAACCAGAAAUAGCUUAAGUUAAGAAUGACUGAGUUAGUCUUUAAAAAAAAAUGAUGAUUGUUAUCUUGGCCAGAGAGUAUGGCCUAUUUUUUUUUAUUGCACAAAAACAUUGAAAAUGGGGUGAAUUGGAAUGUUAACAGUGACUUUGUAUUUUGCUGCUGCACUGAUAUUGUUUAUGCACUUGUUUUCUAAUUUCUAUUAUACUAGCUGCUGGUUUUGUUCUAGGUCUUCACUGGAAGCUGAUUAUUAAACCUAAGAAGGAGAUUAAAGAAUGAUGCUUUGAUUUUCAUUCAGAUAUUUGCUUGCAUUUUAAGUAUAUUUUUGCAUUUCAGACAAGUAGAUGAAUUGGUGCUUUUUCUGGGGAGGUGGGGAGGGUUCUGUUUGGCAUCUGAGAAAGAAAAGCUAAAGCAACUUGAAGUAAAAUGUUGUGUGUUAAUUAAAAAUUUCAGUUUUUUCUCCUGCUCCCAAAUUGAGGGUACUAGUUUGAGGAAUGACCAGUGAAAGUAUAAAGAGUAAGAAUGGUGAGGUUAUAUACAUUUAGCGUGAGAUAUUCUAUGGUGAAAUACCUCAUGCAUGUAGGGUUAAUGGCUUGGAAUGAAAUUGGCAGGAUUUUACUGUAGUGCAUUUUUUCCCUUGCCAAAUAUUAACAAAUACAGAACCUUAGCUCAUUGUCAGUUUAUGACAAAUACUCAGGUGACCUAUGGUGCACAGUGUUCCAAGUUAAAGAUUCUCUCCUCUAAAUGCUGAAUAAAGCUGUGUUGCAGAGUAGUGGAUUUUCAUAGCAAAAUGAAGGAUAGCUGAAUUUAUUUUGCACAGAAUCUGACAGCAAGGCAAGUAGCUAAAUAAGCUGUGGUGUCUUAGCACCUUUGGGCUUCUUAUCUGGUCAUCAAGAUGGAAAAAUACAAGUACUGCCCAUUCGUUGCUAAUUAGCAUACUCCUUGUUCUUGGUCAGUGGCCUUAACUUAUUUAAAGAAGACAGGCGUUGACAUGUCCAUGUUUCUGUCUGUUUCUUCUCUGUGGUGUUAAUAUGAUCCACAAGAUGGAAAUACAAAUACAGUUUACUAUUUGCAGCAAUUAAAAAAAAAUUAUUACAGAUAUAAUUGGAAUAAUUCAAUAUAACUGAAUCUGAGGAAAUGAACACUGUCCUCCAAUACUAAAAAUGCUUACCAAAUGUAAUAACGUACAGUACAUAAGUGGAGGAAAGAAUCAGUGGCCAAUCAGUGUGCCUAACAAUCAUUACCAUAGUACCAGUAAUGAAGGUGCUGUAAAUAGAAGUAUCCUAAUGUAAUCAACAAUGUACACUAUAUAACCUUGUCAGAGCCAUUGAGCUAAUGUAAUAAAACGUGUAGAAUCGGAGGUGGAGAAAAACAGAAACAAAUUCAUGUAAAAGUCUGAUCAUACCAACCUAACAACUCUUUGCACUGUUUCUAUAUACGUUUCCAAGAUGUUCACAUGAUCCUUCUUGUAUUGCAUUCACAUAACUAUUUAGUGCCAUACUUAACCCACUCUUCUUACAGAAAAGUCAGAUAAAACUUGUUUAGCAUUAUUAUGCUGUUUGGCACUAAGAUUAGCUGCUAUGUAGAUUUUUAUGAAAGAACUGUUUUGUCUGGGCAAAUGUUGCCUUUAAAAAGCACCUCAGAAUACCUGAUGAUGUUAGAUCAGUAUAUUAUUAUUCCUCAGUGGUAGCAUCUGUGUCCAACAAAGAUAGCUACUGCAUAUCAGUUAAGUGAGAAAAGAAUUAGCAUUGCCACACUGUAUACAGUUGCUGUAAACUGUAUUUAGAAUAUUAUCUCCUGUUUUCAUAUCCAAACCAAACAUCUGUUGAAACUAUAAAGAACAUUUCUUCCCCCUAAUUUAAAUAUAUGUUUUAGCUUUUUUUAUAUAGAUAUGAAUCUGUGGAGAAAAUACUUGUUUUGAAAUAUUCAUUCAAUAGUAUAUUCAUUUUUAAUUGUGAUUUUCAAAGUAAAAUUAGCAACUCUGAUAUACUGUACUGGUAUGGCCGUUUGGAUCAAGAGUUAUAGAAGAGUGUUCCAUGGAUUAGAAAUUUUGGUCAUGUUUUACAGAAAUAAGUGGGGUUUUUUAAAUUUUUGAUUCUCUUGUGAUGCUUUAAUUUAAUUCCUAAUCAAUUUAUAAUUUUUUAAAUAUAAUAAAGCAAGAAUACGUGCUUGAAAUUUAAGAGAUCUAGGAAAGAACCAACUUAAAUGUAAAAAUGACUGUGGUUAUUGCAUUGUAAGAAAUAAAGCUUUGUAGGCCCCAGAGCAGUCUUGCCUCUUUUGUCAGUUCACUGGGGGAAAAAAGUAUCUUAAACUUCAGAAAACGUAAAGCCUUCUUGGUUAGAUGAUAAUUAGUGAUGUAAAGUUUUACCAAAUGUCUGGUAAGAAUUGUUUCUGAACCUCUGCCAGAAAAAAAACAAACCCCAAGUUGUUUUUAAUGUUUGCAAAAUGUUGAAUGUAGCCGUUUUAAAAAAUCAUUCCUAACGCAUUGCCAUCUAUCUUGAUUUUAAAAUAAAGGGAAAAAAAGAACACAUAUAUUCUUAAAGGCUGGGUAUACUUAGAAAUAUUGAUGUGUAUCCCCCACAGCAAAGAAGCGCCUUUCAAAAGUUUGUCCAGACUUUCAGGUUUGAAAUGCAGAUAUUGUUCAUAAAGAGGGCCUUGGAGUCUCUCUGGUUGUCAGGUAGCCUAUAAAUUGCAUGUCUGCUUUUUCCUUUUUUCUGACCUUGGGAGAGUUGUUUCCUGGUAGAAACAAAUAAUCCACAUCUGAACAGCCAGUUACUGGAAAUUUGUGGAAGGAAAACAAAAUGAACAGUGUAAAUCAAAUUAAAAUAUAAGGUGAGAAGAAAGUGAAUUAAUGAAAAAUUGUAAAACAGGGGAGCAGGGAAGAAUAUAUUUUCUACCAGUGUCAGAAGGUAACCUUGAAACUUUUAUAGAAAGAGAAAAUAUUGAUAAUUUCCCAUCUCAAAUCAUGUAAGGGUCUUUGCCUUUUAGAUAGAGGCAGUAGGGAGAUCCUUUUUAAUUGAUCUCUGACAGGUUGGCAUCUCCAUGCUUAUUCAACCCAAGUAGAAUGAAUGUAAUUAUAACUAUACAUUAGGAUUAGUAGACUGAAACUGUUUAUUAUUAAGAUAAGGUGGAAAAUUUUAAUACGAAGAUUAUGCUUCCGUUUUUUCCUGUUUAAAAAUAUGGAGUGGUUUUAACCAUUUGCCAUACAUAUCAUAGAAUCAUAGAAUCAUAGAAUAUCAGGGUUGGAAGGGACCCCAGAAGGUCAUCUAGUCCAACCCCCUGCUCAAAGCAGGACCAAUUCCCAGUUAAAUCAUCCCAGCCAGGGCUUUGUCAAGCCUGACCUUAAAAACCUCUAAGGAAGGAGAUUCUACCACCUCCCUAGGUAACGCAUUCCAGUGUUUCACCACCCUCUUAGUGAAAAAGUUUUUCCUAAUAUCCAAUCUAAACCUCCCCCACUGCAACUUGAGACCAUUACUCCUUGUUCUGUCAUCUGCUACCACUGAGAACAGUCUAGAGCCAUCCUCUUUGGAACCCCCUUUCAGGUAGUUGAAAGCAGCUAUCAAAUCCCCCCUCAUUCUUCUCUUCUGCAGGCUAAACAAUCCCAGCUCCCUCAGCCUCUCCUCAUAAGUCAUGUGUUCCAGUCCCCUAAUCAUUUUUGUUGCCCUUCGCUGGACUCUCUCCAAUUUAUCCACAUCCUUCUUGAAGUGUGGGGCCCAAAACUGGACACAGUACUCCAGAUGAGGCCUCACCAAUGUCGAAUAGAGGGGAACGAUCACGUCCCUCGAUCUGCUCGCUAUGCCCCUACUUAUACAUCCCAAAAUGCCAUUGGCCUUCUUGGCAACAAGGGCACACUGCUGACUCAUAUCCAGCUUCUCGUCCACUGUCACCCCUAGGUCCUUUUCCGCAGAACUGCUGCCUAGCCAUUCGGUCCCUAGUCUGUAGCUGUGCAUUGGGUUCUUCCGUCCUAAGUGCAGGACCCUGCACUUAUCCUUAUCUGUAAACAAAAAGAGGAGGAUUUGUUAAAAGAUGAUAAAGACAUUGCCAAUGAAGGCUGCAAACCUGGAAUCAUAUGAGUAUCAGUGUUUACGUACAGCAGCUAGUUAUAUGGGGCCCAGUCCUGCUUACAUGGGCUGCAAUGCAAGCAGAACUGGGCCCAUAUUAUGCUAGCUACUUUAGAACUUGACCUUGCAUCACUGGAGGAAUUUUGCCAUCAACUUCAGUAGAAAUGGUGAGGGUGCAUAAUGAGGUUAUAGAUUACACAUGCUCUUCAGAGGUCUUUUCCCUUUCUCAAGUGAUAGAUGUACAUCUGUUGGAGUUGCAGUUGUUUCUUUCUGUACUAAAGAAGUCUUUAUUUGAAAAUUGCAGGCACUGAUGUUUUACAUUUGAAGCAUGAUCAUUGCUGUAUUUACCUCUUUAAAAAUGAUAGCCAUCAAUUUACUUCCGUUUUUCUCCUGCUGUACAUGCAGUAUGUCUCAAGGAGAUAUACAGUAUUCAGAACUUUUUUCACCGUUGAUGAAUGUUGGGGUUUUUUAAUUUUUAAAAAGAAAUACACAAAAAAGCAAUUAAUUGCCUUUAGCCUUAAGGCACAAAUGCACCUAAAUAUGCAAUAUAAAAUGUGUGCAUGAGAUUCUUUAAAUCAUGUAGUCUUUUCCAUGAGCAUGAUGAUGAAGCUAGAGAAUUCUUAUUUCUUGUAUGAACCAUUACUCCCUGUGUCAGAAAUGCAAGACAGCUGUUACAAAGAGUCUGUACAUUACAUCCUAAGAAGCAUGGCUUAAAUCCUCCUUGCAUUUUAAUCUCUUUCCUGUGGAGUUCUUGAAAAUCCCCCUCUAUUAAAUCUAAAGUUAACAAAGUGACAAACUGACGUCAGAUAAAGGAAAAUUCCCAUAUUCUAUAAAUGUAGUUAAUUUGUUGUCAGACUCUGGAUGAUAGGGCCUUGGGUUUCAAUUACUGUCUUUAUAUGGAGGUGUUUGUUCUGCUCAUCAUUAUUAAGCCAUAAUAGAAACAGUGGAGAUUAUUGUAUGGUUUUUCUCAUCAUUAGUAAACAUGGUUAAACAAAUGGUUUUUUAUUAAAACUUGUUUUUGAUUUAAAAGUGUGCUGGAGAUUAAUGAACAAAAGAGGCUGACACAAAUGAACUGGUUUGCUAGCUGGUUCAGCUGUGAAGAAGAAAUAAGAAAAAUCUAGCUUUUUAAAUGGUUGCUAUUAUUGUUAUUAAUGAUUAUUUAUUAUUAUUCACAGGUAUGGCUUUGUGCACCAUACCAGUGGGUAAAUUAAGUGCAUCUCACUAGUUAUCGCCCUAAUUUCAAGCCCUAUGGUUUGACUGUUACAGGGUUAAUUAACUUGAUCCUUUGUUAAAAAAAUGUUAAAAAAAUACCAACAAAAUCUGAUGUUUUGUGACUUUUGUAAUCUAUUGAACAUUUCCAUUUGCAUGAUGAUCUGUAUCUAACAAACCAUACCAACUGCUGUGUUCAUUUCCAAACAGUUUUAACAUUGGUGAUGUUUGUGAUAAACACAAAUUUGUGUACUGUAUGUUUACUGCUGUUAUAACUUGGCUACUCCUAUGUUGAAUUGAAAUUAUGUUGUAAUGCCUUCCUGGGUUUAAAUGAUGCAGUGUUUCUGGAUGGUGAAGAAUACAAAAGUAUAUGUGCUCAUUGACUAAAAUAUUGAACAUGAGAAAUUUCCUCUU